CUCGCAGACCUCACUCGAGUCGUGUGUCAUGUCCUCCAGCUCCGGCGCCAUCUUCAUUUGCAGCGGCGUUUCAUUUCGAUUUCGAUCUCGAGGACUUGUGCAUUAUGAUAAUGGGGUUGAGUUUUGUUGUUGGAAACGUGAAGGCUAUGUCCGGAAUGUUCCGACGGAACUUUCUGGAUAUAGCUCUCUGGUGAAAGCUUCACGACCUAUCAAGCUGAUGAUGCCGGAUAGAGAAAAAGGCAUCCACAAAAUUUGGAAUGGAUCUUGCACGUUUUUCUCAGAACUUUGGGCAGGGCGUUGCUGAGUAGUGAUUGAAUGGACCGCGCGAAUCGUUUUCAUCUGGCCGCCUAGCGAGUCUAUUCCACUCCAGCCAUUCGGGGCUACCAUGAAGUAACCCUACACACGAUCGAGGCUGGAGCUACGCAAGGCUUGCCCGCAAGCCCAUGCGACUUAUGAUUGACACACUCCACUAAGUUGUUGUUACCUCCGGUUCCUCCUCAGCAAUCGCGCUUCCGCUUUGGGCCUUAUCACCUUGCUGACGGGUUUACAACUCUACCUCUUGGGUUAAAACGAAGCGAUUCGAAGGACGAGUGCCAGCACAAGAUGGUAUCCAAAUCUCGAAAGCUAUUGGUUGGAGUAAGACCUGCAUUGAAGAACUUGAGACGACGAUGGUUUCCUCUUAGAUCCAGCGAGAGUGUGGUCUCGCUGAAUAUGGUUUUGUCCGUUCUCGAGGAAUCUCUACACCACAACUUUUGCGUUCGGAAAGGCGAAAAGGAAUGUAGUAAUUCUCUCUCUCAUCUCGACUAGUGAAAGCUUGUAUUGCAUGUGCAGAGUUCAGGUUGUGUAAUAAAUCGGUCCAUUUAUACCUGUAAAUAAAAUAACGGGAUUUCAGAACUGUCAUGCAGAAAGAGCGGUUACACUAUCAAGUGUUCCCUUUUUUCGCAUCAUGCGGACAAAUACCACACAAAGUAUGCAAGAUGUGCAUAUGCUACAGACGUCGUAGGGUUCAAGGUUGUUCUGUGACUGGCACGGAUCCCCCGCAGAAACAGGUUUUUGCUGUUUUUGCUUGGGGCGACCAGCGUUCACGCUAAAGAUGUCGUGGAGUCCAAGGGACUCAUGUAAGAAUUAAGACAGCUAUUUUGCCGAUUC